GGUUCACCGAACACACACAAACACGUGCAGCUGUAGGGGGCAGCGACACGCGACGCAGUGUCUGGAUUACCGGAAACAGAGAGAAAGAGAGAGAGAGAAGCUGCAGGACGUGGACGAAGAAGAAGAAGAAGAACAACAACAACAGGACAUUAGCAUGGCGGCUGACAGUGAUCCCGAGUCGGAGGUGUUCGAGAUCACCGACUUCACCACCGCGUCCGAGUGGGAACGGUUUGUGUCCAGAGUCGAGGAAGUGCUAAAUGACUGGAAGCUGAUUGGGAACGCCACAGGAAAGCUGUCACUAGAGAAGGGAGAAUACACCAGUGGCACCUGGGGGGAGAAGUCUCAGGAUAUAAAUUUUGCUGACUUUAAGUUCUUCAUAACUCACUACUUCCUGAAACAAGAAAGUGAGAAGUGCGAUGGGAAGGACAGGCUUGAGGAAGAUGCCUUCCCCCUGGCAAUGCAGGACCUUCUCUGUAUGAACAAUGAUUUCCCUCCUCGAGCCCACUGCCUGGUCAGAUGGUAUGGUAUACGAGAGUUUGUGGUCAUCACCCCCGGAACCAACUGCGAGGCCAUCAUCAGUGAAUCCAAAUGCAAUCUGCUCCUCAGCUCCGUCUCCAUUUCUCUGGCCAACAGUGGCUGCCAGGUGCCCAUGUUUGUUCAGAUCCAGCAGAAGUGGAGACGGAUGUAUGCUGGAGAAUGCCAGGGACUAGGUGUGCGCACUGACUUUGAGAUGGUCCACCUCCGCAAGGUGCCACGUCAGUACAACCAUUUGGCUGGCCUACUUGACAUCUUCAAGUCUAAGAUAGGUUGUACACUGUCGCCUCUACCUCCAAUCAACGUUGCUAUCCGUUUUACCUACAUUCUACAGGACUGGCAGCAGUAUUCAUGGCCACAGCAGCCUCCAGACUUUGACACACUUCUUGGAGGUGAGGUGGGAGGGGUGGAGUUUGGGAAGCUUCCUUUUGGAGCCUGUGAGGAGCCAAUCAGUGAACUUCAUCUUGCAACCACUUGGCCUCACCUCACAGAGGGCAUAGUUGUGGAUAAUGAAGUCUACAGUGACCUUGACCCUCUCCAAGCACCUCACUGGUCAGUCCGACUUAGGACAGCUGAAAACCCUCAGUGUUUACUGGGUGACUUGCUGACAGAGUUCUUUAAGCUCUGCUGUAGGAAAGAGUCUACUGAAGAGAUUCUGGGAAGAAGAUCAGCCGAAGAUGAGGGCAAAGAAAAUAGUGACAUCAGCUCUGCAUUAUCGAAGCUGACAGAGCCAGCAGCAACAGUGCCCAUCUCCAAACUAUCUGUCUCUAAUAUGAUGCACAGCGCCCGAAAGCACAUCCGACGCCACAGACGCAUUGAUGAGUCACCACUCAACACUGAUAUACUCAAUUCUGUCCUUCUGUAUCUCUUCCCAGACGCUGCUGUGGAGAAGUCAACAGAGAACAGCAAGAAUAAGACAAACUCCUGUGGGAAAGUUGACCAAGAUAAGAACUCUGACUAUAACCUUUUCCUCCAUCUUAAGUCCGCACCCAGUGACAGUCUGACUUACCGGCUGGCACUGUGUGUGUGUCUGGUAAACUACAAUCAUGGUGGGCUGCGGGCUGUUGCCCACCUCUGGCAAGAGUUUGUCCUAGAGUUGCGCUAUCGCUGGGAAAACAACCACCUUAUUUAUGGAUUGGCUGGUGGCCCUCCUGAUCUCCGCUGUUGUCUUUUGCAUCAGAAGCUUCAGAUGCUGAACUGCUGCAUUGAGAGGAAGAGGGCCAGAGAUGAAGCUCGCAAGGCGCUGGAGGGAAGCAAAGAGAGAGAGCGCAAGGUGUCUGGUGGCUGCCAGAACAGCUGUACCGUACCAGCGUAUGCAACAGUAACAACUUCAUCCAACUCAACAAGGGAGGUGUCUCCGGGGAAAUCCUGGGACUCUUGGAGCGACAGUGAGGAUGAGUUCUAUGAGUGCCUGAGUGACCAGGGGGAGGUAGAGGCCCCACAUACUGAGGGAGACAAGGAGGGCAGUAAAAGUAAAGCAGAGGGCAGGCUGCACCCCUAUAACAACAUGACCCUACUCAACUCUACAGAGCCCCUCUACGUUCCUGUCACACAGGAACCUGCUCCCAUGACAGAGGAUUUGUUAGAGGAGCAGUCAGAAGUACUGGCCAAGCUGGGCACGUCAGCUGAAGGCACCCACCUCCGUGCCCGGAUGCAGAGCGCCUGUCUACUCUCUGACAUGGAGUCCUUUAAGGCAGCCAACCCAGGCUGUGUUUUGGAGGACUUUGUGCGCUGGUAUUCGCCGAGGGAUUACAUAGAGGAGGAGGUGGUUGAUGAGAAGGGUAAAAUGGUAAAAGGCAUGCUUAGUGCCAGGAUGAAGAUCCCAGGCAACAUGUGGGUGGAGGCCUGGGAGUCGGCCAGGGUGACACCUGCACGCCGCCAGAGAAGACUUUUUGACGACACUAAGGAGGCUGAGAAGGUUCUGCACUAUUUGGCAAUGCAGAAACCUGCAGAACUGACCCACCAUCUGCUGCCAUGCAUACUCCAUGCUGCUAUUCUGAAGUUGAAAGAGGAAGAAUCAAUAGAAGACAUUCCAUCUGUCAAAAAAAACAUUCAGCAAGCUACUUCUCAAGCCAGCAAGCUGCUGCACCCCCACAACCAUGACUACAAGAAAUUAGAGGAUUUCAUUAACCAGUUGAUGGCCAUGGAAACAGUCAUCACCAGAGCUCGCUCGCUCAAGGCCAAGUUUGCCAUUAGUGAGGGCGAGAAGGGAGAGGACAAAGGUGAACUAGAAAAGUUUGUGAGCUCCCUGUUGGAAGAACCAGAGGUUGUAGUGACCGGAGCUGGCCAGGGGCCAGCUGGCAGCAUCAUCCACAGGCUGUUUGUCAGUGCUCAGAGGCUGGCUGACUUCACCAGUGAUGAGGCUGCCCUCCUGUCACCCCUGGACGAAGACUUGGGGCAUGAAAGGAAGUCAACUGGAGGAAGCAACAAAGUGCCUGACUUCCCCUCUCCGGCAGGCCGGGAGAUUCUGUUGCGGACAUGUGUCCCUCGGCCGGCACCUUACUCCAAAGCUCUGCCUCAGCGGCUCUUCUGUGUGUUGAUGAGGGAGGAGUUCAGGCUGGCAGGGGCCUUCUCUUUGGACACUUCCUUCUUCUAAGAUCAAAUACCUUUACUUGGUAUUUCAUCUGAAACCAUGUUCCAUUUGCUCAUUGCUUGAUUGCUAUCUGAAAAAUUAAGAAAAAGAUCUUGCUUUAUUUCAUGUUAUUUGGUCAUUGCAUUGUGGUUACUUAGUUU